AUGCUGGUGCUACGGUACUUGGCAUCGUUUUAUCACUACGUCAACUACGAAGUCAGUGAUCCACGGGUCAAUGAUUGGUUCCUGAUGAAAACGCCCUGGCCUGGCGCUGCCAUCCUGGGGCUGUAUCUGAUGUUCGUGCUCAAGUGGGGCCCAAAAUGGAUGGAACACAGAAAACCGUUCCAGAUCGACACCAUCAUCAAGUACUACAAUCUGGCACAGGUGGUCAUCUGUGCGUUCUUGUUCGUGGAGGGAUUCCGACUGGGGUACCUGCGCGGCUAUAGCUUUCUGUGUCAACCGGUCGACUACUCACCGACAGAGAUACCGACCAUGAUCGCGCGGCGCUGCUACUACUACUUUCUCGUGAAGGUACUGGAUCUGCUGGAUACGAUCUUCUUCGUACUGCGCAAGAAGCAGAACCAGGUUAGCUUCCUGCAUGUGUACCACCACACCGGCAUGGUGAUGCUGAUCUGGAGCGGCGUCAAGUGGUUCCCCGGUGGGCACGGUGUGUUCAUGGGCUUCAUCAACAGCUUCGUGCAUGUGGUCAUGUACGCCUACUACUUCCUCACAUCCGCCAAUCCCAAGAACAAAAAUAACCUCUGGUGGAAAAAGUACAUCACCCAGCUGCAGAUUAUCCAGUUCGGCAUGAUCUUCCUGCAGUGGUUUGUGCUGCUGUUCCAGCCCAACUGUACCUUCCCGAAGUGGCCACUGUUUGUGAUUCUGCCGCAGAAUCUCUUCAUGUUCUGUCUCUUCCUUGACUUUUACUACCAAGCGUACAUCAAGAAGAAACCGACCGACGUCGCACGGCGGUCUGGUGGCGGUGCGGUCGCAGACCUACCCCAGAACGGUAUCCACACGUGCGGUUCCAACGGCAAGGCGUCGAACGUCGAGUACAACGGUAAGGUGAGCAGUGACGCGGACUGCACAAAACGCAACUCAUCCAAAGAGGUGCUGACCUCCUAA